GAGAAGAGAAGAGAAUAGCCUCGCACCUUAUCCUAUCCUCUCGUUUCUCUCUCUAAAAAUCUCUUUUGUUUCUCUAUUUUCUCAAUCACUAUUUGACCCCUCUCGUCUCUUAUUCCCUUUUACUUCCUCAUUGUCACCACACCACCACAAGUCUCUCAUUUUUAUAUAUACACACACAUAUCCAACAGCCCUUCUCUCUUCUUCUUCUAUCUUCUUCUUGCUCUCUUUCUCACCCUUCAUAUCUCUACUUAUUCAAAAUACACUCUACUUUAGGGUGUAAGGCUUAGUUUUGAGUUUUCUUGAUCAAAUUCAGGAUUACAAGUUUUAUGUGAAUUGGUAAUGGCUCCUAAAGCUGGGAAAACUAAGCCACACAAGAGUAAAGGAGAGAAGAAGAAGAAAGAAGAGAAAGUUUUGCCCACUGUCAUUGAGAUAAGUGUGGAAACACCAGACGAAUCCCAAGUGACACUCAAGGGUAUCUCCACAGACAGAAUCUUAGAUGUAAGGAAGCUCUUAGCGGUCCAUGUUCAGACCUGCCACUUCACCAACUUUUCUCUCUCUCACCAGGUGCGUGGCACUAGACUCAAGGACUCCGUUGACAUCGUAUCACUUAAGCCCUGCCACCUCACCAUCGUCGAAGAGGACUACACGGAGGAGCAAGCCACCGCACACAUACGGCGGCUCUUGGACAUCGUCGCUUGCACCACCGCAUUCGGUCCGUCGAAACCGCCGGUGAUUCGUACACCUCCCAAGGACUCUGAAAAGAAAGAGUCGAACUCGACUGAGGGAGAUUCUCAUGCCGAUAAGGAUGCAGUUAUUUCAGGUUCUGGUCUCAGCCCUAAGUCUCAGACGGCGGAAAGCGCCGAUAAGGGUGAAAUCAACAUGUGCCCACCAACUCGUCUCGGGCAGUUUUACGAGUUUUUCUCCUUCUCUUACCUUACUCCUCCGAUUCAAUAUAUCAGAAGGUCUGUUCGUCCAUCUAAAGAUGAUAAAGGAUUAGAUGAUUUGUUUCAAAUCGAUAUUAAAGUUUCAAGUGGGAAGCCGUUCACUGUUAAUGCAACAAGAACAGGUUUUUAUCCAGCUGGGAAACAGCAACUUCUGUGUCACUCCUUGGUUGAGCUGCUGCAACAGAUAAGCCGGCCUUUUGAUGCGGCUUAUGAUGCUCUUAUGAAAGCUUUUAUUGAGCACAAUAAGUUUGGCAACCUUCCUUAUGGUUUUCGAGCAAACACUUGGGUAGUUCCUCCGGUUGUUGCAGAUAGCCCAUCUACUUUUCCGUCACUUCCAGUGGAAGAUGAGACUUGGGGAGGGGAUGGUGGUGGGGUGGGCCGGUCUGGUAAGCAUGAGCAAAGGAAGUGGGCAAAGGAAUUUGCGAUUUUGGCAGCAAUGCCCUGUAAAACACCUGAAGAGAGACAGGUUCGAGAUAGGAAGGCCUUUCUACUCCACAGUCUAUUUGUCGACGUUUCAGUUUUCAAAGCAGUGGAAACUAUAAAAAAUGUACUAGAGAGUAAUCAACGCUUACCAAAGGAUCCUGGUGCAUUGGCUUUCCAUGAAGAAAGAAUAGGUGAUUUAAUUAUAAGGGUGGCUAGAGAUGAUCCUGAUGCAAGUGCCAAGCUUGACCGAAAGAGUGAUGGGACCCAGGUUCUAGAGAUCUCUCAGGAAGAACUUGCUCAAAGAAAUUUACUGAAAGGGAUCACUGCUGAUGAGAGUGCGACAGUUCAUGAUACGUCUACCUUGGGGGUGGUGGUUGUAAGACACUGUGGCUGUACAGCCAUUGUAAAGGUUGCUCUGGAAUUUAACUUGAAUGGUGGACACAUCCUACAGGAUAUUGACAUUGAAGACCAAUCCGAAGGAGGUGCAAAUGCUCUGAAUGUAAAUAGCUUGAGAACUCUAUUGCACAAGUCGUCAACGCCGAGAACACCAAAUGCAGACUUGGAACAAACACGUGUUGCUAAAUCGCUUGUGAGGAAAGUAUUUGAGGAUAGUCUGAAGAAAUUGGAGAUUGAACCCUCAAGAAAUAGUAAGCCUAUAAGGUGGGAAUUAGGAGCUUGUUGGGUGCAACAUCUGCAAAAUCAAGCUUCAAGUAAAAGUGAGUCUAAGAAAACUGAAGAUGCCAAGCCUGAACCAGCUAUUAAGGGUCUUGGGAAGCAAGGUGCACUGCUUAAGGAGAUAAAAAGGAAGAUCGAUGUGAAAGCUAACAAGACUGAACAGGGCAAAGAGGACACUGACAAUAAAUCAGAAACUGAGGAUCAAAAGGAACUCGAGAGACAAAAUGAGGAAUUGGAAAAGGUUUGGAAAGAACUAGUGACAGAAACUGCAUAUCAGCGCCUUAAAGAAUCAGAAACUGGUUUUCAUCUCAAGUCACCAAAAGAGCUGAUUGAGAUGGCCCGCAAAUACUACGCUGAUACUGCUCUUCCAAAAUUGGUGGCAGACUUUGGAUCUCUUGAACUCUCACCCGUCGAUGGGAGAACUCUAACAGACUUUAUGCAUACCAGAGGCUUGCAAAUGCAUUCCUUAGGGAGAGUGGUCGAGUUGGCUGAUAAGCUCCCUCAUGUGCAAUCCCUCUGUAUUCAUGAAAUGGUUGUUCGGGCAUACAAGCAUAUACUGCAGUCUGUUGUAGCAGCUGUUGAAAACACCGCUGAUGUGGCCACCUCCAUAGCAACAUGUUUAAAUGUCUUAUUGGGAACACCGUCUGACACUGAGAGUAUAUAUGACGAAAAGAUAAAGUGGACCUGGGUGGAAACUUUCAUUUCCAAGAGGUAUGGGUGGGAUUGGAAGCAUGAAGGCUGCCAGGAACUGAGAAAAUUUGCCAUUCUUAGAGGAUUGUCACACAAGGUUGGACUGGAGCUUGUUCCUAAAGACUAUGAGAUGGACACGUCAUUUCCUUUUAAGAAGUUUGAUAUAAUCAGUAUGGUUCCUGUGUAUAAGCACGUAGCAUGUUCAUCUGCUGAUGGACGCACUUUGUUGGAAUCAUCCAAAACCUCUUUAGAUAAAGGCAAACUGGAGGAUGCUGUCAAUUAUGGCACCAAGGCGUUAGCGAAGCUUGUAGCAGUGUGCGGCCCCUACCAUAGAAUGACCGCUGGAGCAUAUAGUCUUCUCGCUGUUGUGCUGUACCAUACUGGGGAUUUUAAUCAGGCUACCAUUUAUCAGCAGAAAGCACUCGACAUAAAUGAAAGGGAGCUUGGACUUGAUCACCCAGACACAAUGAAAAGCUACGGCGACUUGGCCGUCUUCUAUUAUCGUCUUCAGCAUACAGAGUUAGCCUUGAAGUAUGUCAACCGUGCAUUGUAUCUUUUGCAUCUAACAUGUGGACCAUCACAUCCAAAUACGGCUGCCACUUAUAUAAACGUAGCAAUGAUGGAAGAAGGUAUGAAGAAUGCCCAUGUGGCUUUAAGAUACCUUCAUGAAGCGUUAAAAUGUAACCAGAGGCUACUUGGAGCUGAUCAUAUCCAGACUGCUGCAAGCUACCAUGCAAUUGCUAUUGCUCUCUCUCUGAUGGACGCAUACUCCUUGAGCGUCCAACACGAGCAGACCACUCUACAGAUUCUACAAGCAAAACUAGGCCCUGAGGAUCUUCGGACACAGGAUGCGGCUGCGUGGCUUGAAUAUUUCGAGUCUAAAGCUCUGGAACAGCAAGAAGCUGCACGAAAUGGUACUCCAAAGCCAGACGCCUCUAUUUCAAGCAAAGGCCAUCUCAGUGUAUCAGACCUGUUGGAUUACAUAACCCCGGAUUCUGGUAUUAAAGCGAGAGACGCUCAAAGGAAAGCUCGCCCAAAGGUCAAAGGAAAACCAGGACAAAGUCCAGGACCUGUCUCCGAAGAAAAUCAGAAAGAUGAUGAAAUUCUGAGUCCGGCUCUCGGCCCAGCCUGGCAAAGCUGAACACAAACUUCAUGAACGUGACUCAGCAGACAUCAAGAAGCAGAGGAAAAUCCACCAAUUUCACAUCCCCGAAGACUAGUUCUAUUGAGCUUUCAAUUUCUGUUGAUGGUUCCACUUCUUCGCAUGCCUCGAAGAUGUCUGUAAAGAACACGAGUUUGAACAGAAAGCAAAACAGUUCCAAUAUAGUGGGAGAAAGACCAGUCAAUGAUAAACCAGCCAAGGCAAUCCCAGCUUGCACUGAACACAUCAACAAGCCAACUCCCAUGGUGAGUCCUGUGAAUGUCAAAGCUGGAAAACUGUUUUCCUAUAAGGAGGUUGCACUGGCACCCCCUGGAACGAUUGUAAAAUUAGCUGCAGAGCAGUUGCCGUCAGAAGAAACAAAAUCCCCAGAGAUUAUAGAUACGGCAAAAGUUGCAGUAGAUGGUCCUCAAAAAGUUAAUGCUCAGGAUGAUGAGAGCGAGAAUAAGCAUGUGGCUACAGAAACGGAAGCAGAAAACACUGAUAGCGGUGAGCGAGGAAGGGUGGUUGUUGGUGGAUCAGACUUGACGAGCUCACCCAAAGAAAUCAAGUUUGUGGAGGCCGUAAAGGCAGCUGAAGAAACAUUUCCAACAGAGACAGACGUAUCAAAUACAAGACAAGGAAAAACUGAGAGUGUACCAACGUCUGGGGAUUCAAAUGCAUCUCUCUUGAAUAAUUCACCAACACCAAAAGAUUCAAAUGGCAGUGGAUCAGCAACUGGAGUAAAGCUCCAAAAGGAUUUAUCUGAUACUGAACUGAAAACAGUAGAUGGCGAAACAGAAAAGCUGCCUAACGGAGACUCGAGUCCAAAGUCAUCAAUAGCUGCAGAUGGAGAAAAGCAAGACGCAUGCGAAGCACAAAAAGAAAUGAGCAAGAAGCUCUCUGCUUCUGCGCCGCCGUAUACCCCAACAACCAUUCCAAUUUUUGGAUCGAUUGCAGUUCCAGGAUUCAAAGACCACGGUGGAAUCCUUCCCUCUCCAUUGAAUAUGCCACCAAUGCUUCCUGUUAACCAUGUCCGCAGAUCAACUCCUCAUCAGUCUGUAACAGCUCGAGUUCCCUAUGGACCUAGGCUCUCAGGUGGUGGUUACAAUCGAUCUGGAAACAGGGUUCCGCGUAACAAACCAAGUUUCCCCAAUAGCACUGAGUCCAAUGGUGAGGCUAAUCAAUUCAAUGGCCCAAGAAUAAUGAACCCCCAUGCGGCUGAGUUCAUACCUAGUCAACCUUGGGUUUCUAAUGGGUAUCCAGUGCCACCAAAUGGCUAUUUAGCAUCCCCAAAUGGAGCAGAAAUAACACAGAAUGGGUACCCGCUGUCGCCUGUAGCAGGUGGAUAUCCCUGUAACAUGUCCAUUACACAGCCUCAGAAUGGACUUAGCAUACAUGCACCACCUGCUUUGGAAGAAUUACCUGGUGCUGAAAGCUCUGAGGAGAAGAGCGGAAGCGAAGAAGAAAGCAACAACGAGAAAAAAGCUGGAGAGGAAGAAGUCAUUGCACAAGCAACCACAGAUACACUUGAAAAUGGACAUUUGACAGUAGGUGAAGUGGAAACCACAUCACAUGAGACCUCUGAUGGGAAAAAUGGAGAACUAAAGGGAGGCAAGUGCUGGGGAGAUUACAGCGAUAAUGAAAUCGAGCAAAUUGAAGUUACAAGUUGAAGAAGCAACUGUCUGUCACUGAAGUAUUAACAUUGAGGCUAAAGGAAUGGAGAAACAUUUUGGCUCCAUUGAUGACGUUGAGGUACACAAUCAUCAUAGUUGAAAAAAGCAUUUUUACUUGUGAAUUUUGUGUUGUGACGCAGGACCAAGGCUCGUCACUCCUGCUUUAACAACUUUUCUCCUGCUUUCAGUUUUUGGUUUCCGUGGCUGAAAACUAGAAAUAUUCAACUCCUUAAUAAAGAUUUGUCCCUUUGUGUUUUUCUCUUUCUUUGGUAUAAGAUAUUAGUUGUAAGAUAAAAGUGUUUGGCCAUGUCUAGUUUUCUCUAGAAAAGAACACACAAUGGCUUACUGGUGUAGGUUCAGCUCGUUAGAACUAGCUCAUGGCCUCCCAAAAAGAGAAAACCGUGAAUGUUAA